CUGUCAUGUCAAAGUCAGUUGGCCACAUGACACCGGUUGUCACUAUUCCCGUUCAAUCCAAAUUGCGAGCCCACAGCAAAAAAUGAGCGAGUUUGCGGAUGUCCAGUCCGAUGUGAACACUUACAGUCACUUCAAAAUUGAGUACCACGACCCGACGGACACCGGACGAGUGGUAUCGCAAACUUUUGUGAACCCGCAAGCAAUGGGGGCGCCUUUGAGCAAGGCUUGCAAGAUCAUCAGCCAUGUGGAUGGCAGUGGGAACAAUGUGGCCCGGAUAUCCAUCAGGCGAGAGGUGCCUAGUGAGGCUGCCGGCAAGGUUAUUCUGCUGAGCGCUGGCUGGGACAAGUGCAGCAGUGACGUCAGACAGGUCAGUCCUAGUCCAAUGGGCUCGGACAGUGGCAUCGAGUCGGAUUGCGCCGACGGAAGCCUGAACUGGCUGAUCAAUUACCGGCUAAAAGAACUACCCCCUGUUCCAGAUGCUGCACCUGCUGACCAGGAAGAUUUGCAUAAAACGCCUACAGCCAGCAUCCAGCCACUCAUUGAAGUCGUUCAGGUCGCUGAAGGAUCCAAGGUUGCCAAUGUUGGGCACAACAACACCCAAAGGAAGCCGCCCUUCACCUACACCGAGCUGAUCGAGCACGCCCUGAUCGAGAAGAGAGAACUGACGGUGUCCGGCAUUUACAAAUGGAUCUCCACUCAUUUCCCGUUCUACAAGUCGAACGACGACCGCUGGAAAAACUCGGUGAGACACAACUUGUCCAUUAAUCCCCAUUUUCGCAAAGGAGGCAAAGCGGUGCAGGGCGCCGGCCAUCUCUGGACGAUCGCUCAACGCGAUGAAAUGAAAUCCUGGCAAAUGCGGCAACGAAUCAACGAUUUCCUCAACUCCCAGAAGAACAUAGCGCCCGAGGAGCGGUUCGACAAAGAGCUGCAAGCGGCCACUGAGUGUAUUUUGGAGGAGAUUGAAUCGCAGAGCGGCAGGAUCGAACGGGCACAGGACCCGGUCGCGACCCACGACGACAUCCACAUGGAAUGCCUCAAUAUUCCCGAGGGAGUGUCUGGUUUGCAGGAGUUCCUGGCGCCUCCCGUGCCCAAACAGCAGCUGGUCAACGAGUGCGGACUGGGCAACGAUUUUUUCAUCACCGACAUCAACCCGAACCAGUUGGAGCUCGGUCUGGAUGAGGGCAUUUACGACGAAAUGUCCCUGGAUUACUACGGUAUCAAGGACUAGCAGUGCCAGAUCUCACCCGUCUGUACAUAAUUGUUGUAUUCUAAUAGCUAAGAUAAUUAUCGAUAUUUUUAUAUCAGUGGAACCACCAUUGUUGGCGUUUAUCUAUAAUAAAGGUAUUCAGUAAACUA